AUGUCAGCUCCGUGUCAAGAUAUCAUUGAAGAUAUAGAAGAUUUAAUAUCUUCACAAGAUAUUACACCCAAAGAGCGCUAUAGUACAAGGAAAAAUAUUACUGUUCGUUCUAAAAGUAAACAAGUAACAGAAACAGUACCACAAAUUCCAAUUCUUAGUAGUAUUGUGCCUGGAACGCAAACCAUUUAUGUAAAAACUUGGGGAUGCACUCACAAUAACUCUGACAGUGAAUAUAUGGCAGGUCAACUUAGUAGUUACGGUUACAGAUUAACAGAAAAUAAACAUGAAGCAGAUUUAUGGCUUCUAAACUCUUGUACAGUAAAAAACCCUGCAGAAGACCAUUUCCGAAAUGAAAUUGAAACUGGAAGGAAAUUGGGAAAACACGUAGUAGUUGCUGGGUGCGUACCACAAGGCGCUCCGAAGUCAUCUUUCUUGCAAGGUUUGAGCAUGAUCGGCGUGCAGCAGAUUGAUCGUGUUGUAGAAGUAGUUGAGGAAACUCUAAAGGGGAAUACGGUUCGAUUUCUACAGCAGAAAAAGCAAGCUGGGAAAAAGAUCGGUGGCGCCUCAUUGAGUUUGCCCAAAGUUCGAAGGAAUCCGCUAAUCGAAAUUAUCGCUAUAAACACAGGCUGUUUGAAUCAAUGCACGUAUUGUAAAACGAAGCAUGCAAGAGGUGAAUUAGGAAGUUACCCACCUGAGGAAAUUAUUGAACGCGCAAAACAGGCGUUUGAUGAAGGAGUCUGCGAAUUAUGGCUGACAUCUGAGGAUACAGGUACCUAUGGCCGAGAUAUUGGCACAAGUUUGCCCGAAUUGCUGUGGAAACUUGUCGAAGUGGUGCCUGAUGGUUGCAUGAUCCGCGUAGGAAUGACUAAUCCACCGUAUAUUCUCGAGCACCUGCAGGAAAUGAGUGCAAUUUUGAGGCAUCCGAAAGUCUACAGCUUCCUCCACGUUCCAGUGCAAUCUGGAAGCGACCAGGUGUUGGCAGACAUGAAACGAGAAUACACUUGUGCUGAUUUCGAGCAAGUAGUAAACUUCUUACAAGAACGUGUUCCUGGAUUAACCAUAGCAACUGAUAUCAUUUGUGGUUUUCCAACGGAGACAGAAGAUUAUUUCGAGGAGACAAUGGAACUUUGCAAAAAGUACAAAUUCCCAAGUUUGUUUAUCAACCAGUUUUUUGCUAGACCAGGCACGCCAGCUGCUCGAAUGUCCAAAGUACCCACGCAAGAGGUGAAGAAGAGAACAAAAAGGUUGUCAGAAUUCUUUCAAUCUUAUUCUCCAUACAAUAACAGAAUAGGACUUGUCCAAGAUGUGUUAGUCACCGAACUAUCGCACGACAAAAAGCACUAUGUUGGGCAUAAUAAAUCGUACGAGCAGGUUUUGAUACCCUUAAAAGAGGAAUAUUUAGGGAAAAUGGUCAAGGUGAAGAUCAUAGAAACGACAAAGUAUUCUAUGAAAGGAGAACCAAUAAUCACAGGCACGUCUCCGGCAUUGAAACCGUAUUUACCAAAGGGAAUUGUGUCUGGGAUUCCAGUGGAAAUGAAACCAUCAAAAUACAGGAUAGCAGCGAUUUUAGCAAUCUUCCUCGCAGUCGUACUUAGGCUAUUAUGGAAGUUUUUAAUGAUUUAA